AUGCCAAACUCUCAACUGCCGGAGACAGCUUGUCAGAAGGUCAGACUCCCGCCGCUUGAAGCGGGAUGGAGGUGGCCCAGACUUGUGAGCUCAUACUUGGAAGAAGUCGAAGAGGAGUGUUUGAAAUGGUCGGCGAGUUUUACUGCCUUUGAUCAAGAAACACAAUGUCUUAUUCAUGAGAAAGGAAAACUCAAUCUCCUCGCGGGCAUGUGCUAUGCAAGAAUGACGAAAGAGCAAAUCAGGUCUGGAUGCGAGCUUAUGCAUCUUUUCUUCAUGUUUGACGAAUACUCCGACAAGGCAUCUCCAGAAGAGGUUCUUUAUCAGGCCCAGGUCAUGAUUGAUACUCUCAAAAGUCCUGAGACGCCUCGACCAAAGGGGGAAUGGAUCGGAGGUGAAAUAAUACGACAAUUCUUGCUUCACCUUCCUAGUACUGCUACCGAGACCUUUCGGGCUAGAUUCGGUGCAACUUGGAUACAAUAUGUUCACUCUGUAGUCCAACAGGCUCAAUUCAGAUCAGAGUCACGUAUCCUGGAUUUGGAAGACUUCCUUGCCGUCCGACGCCAUACCUCUGGCGCACCAUCCACGAUUGCCUUUUACGAAAUGAACAGUGACAUCCCGGAUGAUAUCCGAGAGCAUCCUGUCAUUCGUGAACUGGAAGUCUUGGCGGUGGACCUCAUCGUUAUUGCCAAUGACAUCCUUUCGUACAACAAGGAGCAGGCCAUAGGAGACGAUGAGCACAACAUCGUUACCAUCCUCAUGAGCCAGUACAACCUUGACGUCCAACAAGGCAUUGAUAUGGCAGGAGAUCUGGCUGAUGAGAAGAUGAAUAGGUUCUACUACCUGUAUCCGCAAGUCCCACGAUACGUCGGGCCUGUAGAUUUGGAAGUCCAGACCCUUGUGGAUGGCAUGGCUCAGUGCGUCAGUGGUGUAUUCCAUUGGAGCUAUGAGAGCCAGCGAUAUUUUGGGAAACGCGGGAUGGAAAUCAAGCGGACCCGACAACUACGACUCCUGCCCAAGGUGAAGACCAAUGACUUCACAGUUAUUGCCUCGCUUCCUGCUGGGGAAUAUGGAACUGCUUCCGCUGCUGGUACCGCCGUCACUACCUUAUUGUCCUUCCCUCAAGUUCGAUUUGGGCUCAUGGUUGGCAUCGGAGCCGGUGUCCCUAGACCAGGCAGAGACGUUCGUCUUGGUGAUAUUGUUGUGAGCCGUCCAGAGGGAACCAGCGGUGGCGUGGUUCAAUAUGACUUUGGCAAGGCCCUUCAGGGAGGAGAAUUCCGACGUACCGGAUUUCUAAAUAGUCCUCCUAGGGUUCUUCGCAGUGCGGUUACUAACUUGCAAGCACGCCAUGGUCUUCAAGAACCCCAAGUCCCUCAGUACCUUGAUCAAAUGGUCAGCAGGUUUCCCCGUCUUGGUCAACCAAACAAUGGUGGUCCGAGUUAUACCUACCAGGGAAUUAUAAAUGACAGGCUUUUUAACGCUUCAUACCCCCACGAGGGGGGCGACGACUGUUCGAAUUGUGAUCCAACACAACUGCAAAGACGUGUCAAGAGGGACUCAACUAGCCCUGUGAUUCAUUAUGGAGUUAUUACGUCGGGAAAUAUGCUCAUCAGAGAUCCAAAAGUACGCGCGGAAAUGGUCCAACGGACAGGGGAAGACUGCAUCUGCUUUGAGAUGGAAGCAGCUGGAUUAAUGAACCAGUUUCCUUGCCUGGUUAUCCGUGGCAUAUGCGAUUAUGCAGACUCGCAUAAAAACGAUCAAUGGCAGCGGUAUGCGGCAGCAACAGCGGCAGCCUAUACCAAAGAACUCAUUGGGCUUCUUCCGGCCCAAGCUGUUGCGGAGACGGAUACGGCCGCUGGUGUUGUUAACCCCGGACAAAAUCCCACUCCCACUCCCACUCCCGUCCCAACUAUCAACCCCAGUCCUGGACAGACCACUCCUGCACAGACCCCUAAUCCCGGUCAGUCACCAAGCAACGGCGAUAUUCGGCAAUUGCGUGAUGAUGUUGCAGGGUUGUCUAGGCAAAUGAAUACCGUUAUCCAGAUGCUCCAGUCCUCCCCGCCUGGUAAUUCAGGUAGUGGAUCCGGUGGUGCAGGCUCUUCUGGAGGAGCCUCUGGGGGAGCUUCUGGAGGAAGUGCUCCUGGAGAAGGUACUUCUGGAGGACCGGGGGGCACGCAUGUUUCCGGAAAUAGAUGGUACGGUUUUGCUUUGGCAGAACAAGUGGAAGCGGCCCAAAGAAGAAAUCCCGACAGGUUUAGAGACGACCUCAUCAGUGCCAUUGCGUAUAUUGGCGAUACCGUUUUUAACUGGAGAGCGGAUCAGAACAAGUCUCUAGACGCCGGCACUCUCUCUGACCCAUCACUUGUCAUCCAUCAACAGACUUUGCGCCCAAAGACAACUUCAUCCACAGGACCACAGAUCACUGUGACAUCUGCCGAAAGCCCUGCUGGAAUUCUUCCCAGCCGACAAAUAUUCCCAUCAGACGCUUCCUCUACCCCCACGAUUCUAUCCCCCGCAUCCUCUGGGCAGUCGAUUACGAGACCAUCGUUAUGGGAUCGCGCUUACGAUUCUCUCCGAAAAGCGGAUGAGCGAUUGUACGUCUAUUUAACAGCCGUGUUUGGUUCAUAUCAGCUUACAUGUGCGACAUGUGCCGGAAAUGGUAUAUCGCAGAACACGUCAAUUGCGGAUGAGGAUCUGAAUAAUACAACGAGUAUGAUCUCUACCGACUCCAAUGAACGCCAGAAACAAUUGGAGGAUAUUACAAAACGCGGAUUGCAACGCGUAGACGAAAAGCAGACAAGGUAUAUGCUCUUUGGCCACCAAUUCAUUCUCAAGGACCAAGUCGUGGAAGCUGCAAAAUUCGUCCAAAAUAUUAAGACCCUUAUUGAUGAGGCUGUGAAAGCAUCACCUGAGGCGUCCCUUGCAUGGGCUGGCGUCUGUAUCCUCCUACCCGUCCUGACAAGCUCAAGUGCUGCAGAAGAGGCGAGUCGAGAUGGUUUUAUAUACGUUACUUUUCGUAUACGUUACUACAUGGAAUUCGAACAUCUCCUAUGGCCAGACUCUUUACAUGCCUCAAAUAUGAAAGAUACUUUCGAGACUCAAAUUAUUGAUCUUUACCAGCACAUACUCGAAUUCCAGGUCAAGAAUGUUUUGCGCUUCUAUCGAAACUGGCUUGCCAACGUGGGGCGUGAUAUCUCUGGGUCUGAUGACUGGAAAGGAAUGCUUACGGUAAUUAAAGAUUUAGAACUCACCAUGAUAAGGGAUUGGAGCAACUUAAAUACUGCGGCAUCACGGAAAGCCCUAGAAGCUAUUGAUGAAGCUACGCAACAGAGUUGUACCGAUAUACAAUCGCUUUUGUCAAUCGCGAGACAACAUAUUCAAGUCUCUACAGAGCAUCUCGACGUUUCAUCUAAGCAUCUCAAGAUACAUGAGCGCACAAAUCAAUUACUCGAAGAUCACCCAAUAGAUCUUCUUACUGUCAGCCAGGCACGAUAUGACAGUGCUGAUGUUCAAGAUAGCCCAAAAUGCGAAAGCGGCCCUGCAGGUACUGGUAAAUCUACGAUUGCGCGAACUGUUGCAGACGUCUUGAAUGGUGAAGAUCGACUGGUUGCUGGAUAUUUCUUCAAAAGAGGACAGCAAGGCCGCAACGGCACCGCUCGCUUAUUUUCUACUAUUGCAAUGCAGAUGAUGGAAAAGAUACCUUCUAUGAAAGAACACCUCAGAAGGUCUCUCUCCGGUUUGGACAAGGACGCAAUAGAGGGGAUGGCCCUUGAAUUUCAGUUCAAAAAACUCAUUCUAAGCCCUCUUGCAGAGCUUCCUCCUGAUAACAUGCCCCGCCUAGCUACAUGUAGUGUUAUCAUCCUCGAUGCCCUAGAUGAGUGCGAGAACGAAGAUCACUUAUCGAGGAUUAUCACGCUAUUUCUCCAGCUUCAGACCUUGCGCACAAUACGCUUGCGCGUGCUGCUCACAAGCAGAUCAUCUCCUGAGAUCCGAGAUGCCUUCAUGGACCUUCAGAAGGACAGAGACUUUUGCAACAUUGAGCUCCUCGAUGGGAGAUUCUCCGCUGAAACUAAGUCAGGCAUCCAAACCUUCUUGGAGAAUAAUUUCGCAGACAUCAGAAAGAAACGCAGAGUUCAGCAAAACCCUUGGCCCACGCAAGAAGAACUAGACCGCCUAGUGGAAUUAGCUACGACUCCUGAACCCUUGUUCAUUUAUGCCGCCACUCUCUGUCGAUUUGUUCAUGGUGAACGGCGCCCCAAGAAUCCGAAAGAGCAGUUACGGAUAUGGCUCAAACAGUGUGAUGAUCGUCAGUCGCAGCUUCAUCAGAUUUACGAACCCAUUCUUAAUCAGGUCUUUUCUGGUCUAGAGCCAGCAGAAUUUGACAGCCGGAUGGAAUUCCUUGGGUCUCUUGUCCUUCUAGUGGAUCCGAUGCCGGCUGCAUCACUCGCCGCUCUUCUCCAGAUGGAUAUAGAUGACGUUGUCUGGUGGCUCCCGGAGUUACACGCAGUGUUGAAUAUCCCUGCUGAGGACCAUAUUCCCGUGCGGCUACUACAUAAAUCGUUCAGCGACUUCAUUCUCAGCACGGAACGGCCUGGAAAUAGCAUAUAUUCUAUAGACACUGCAAGCACUCACACCACGCUAGCCACAAAGUGUCUUGGUCAUAUGAAUGCAAUGCUUAAACGGGAUAUUUGCAAUAUUAAACAGCUAGGCAAGCGCAGAAAGGACAUUGAUCAGCAUAUCGUGGAUAAACAUAUCACUCCCGACCUUAAGUAUGCCUGCCUUUAUUGGAUAUAUCACCUACAACACGAAGUCCUUGCCACUCUGGGAAGGUUAUCCGACGCAGCCAUGGCCAUUAGGAGGCUUCUAGAGAUAUUUCAGCGUUUGCCCGAUGUACCUGCAGAGCUUGUUCUUUUCACAGCAGAUGCAAGCAGAUUCAUCUCCAGUUUCGGGUCAAUCAUCGAUCGAGUACCUCUACAAAUCUAUGCUGCCUCCUUGAUGUUUUCUCCGACAUCGAGUAAGGUGCGGCAAAACUUCUGGAAUGAAUGCCUCGUGGAUAUUGAUAGUAUCGAAGGGGUGAAGUCUGAUUGGGAUGUACAAUGGCAGACUCUCGAAGGCCAUAGCGAAGACAUCACAGCAUUUGCUUUCUCGCCUGACAGCCAGACCUUGGCAUCCGCAUCAGAAGACGGCAUGAUCCGGCUCUGGGACGUAACAACGGGAACACACAGACAGAUUCUUAUAGGUCACAGCAAAAGAGUCACAGAAAUAUUCUUUUCGCCCGAUGGCAGUCUUUUUACAGAAGUCAAGAUGGAAGACGAUGGACUACCUCGGAUCGAUGCAGUUGUCUUUUCGCCUGAUGGGCAUCUAGCAGCGUCAAUAUUAACAAAUAAUACAAUCCGGAUCUGGGAUACCAGAACUGGCGCCUAUCAGCAAACACUUAAAGACUAUAAUGGCCUAGUUACAGCAGUCAAAUUUUCACCUAACAACCGACUCAUUGCAUUAUUGUUAAAUGACGGUUCAGUCCAACUCUGGGAUAUUAAAGUAGACGAUGGUACAUUCUACCUCUGGGAGGUAGUAACGGGCAGUUAUGACAAGGUGCUUAAAGACCACGAUGCUUGGGCUGGGACGGCUUCUUUCUCACCAAACGGCGAGCUAGUAGCAUAUGUAACAUACGGUGGCACUGUCCGGCUCUGGAAUGUCACAAAGGGCACACAUCAACAAGAAUUAAAGCUCCCUGAAGAAAUAACAAGGCACGUUGUCUUCUCGCCCAACGGUCAGCUAGUUGCAGCGACAGGCCAUGAUAUAAUCUGUGUCUGGGACACAGUAACAGGAGUAUGCCAUCAGACUCUGAAGGGGCAUAGUGCCGAUAUCACUGGUAUCAUUUUCUCGCCUAACAAUCUUCUAAUGGCAUCCAUAUCUCAUGAUGAAACAGUCCGACUUUGGGAUAUAACAAGGAGUACCCGCCAGCAGGCACUUGAGGGCCACAAUGACUGGAUUACAGCUGUUAGCAUCUCACCGAAUGCCCAAAUAAUAGCGUCAGCAUCUGUCGAUGGUACAGUACAGCUCUGGGAUGCAGCAGCUGGGGCAUUUCGACAGACAUUAGAUGGCCCCGGCGAAUUGGUUAGUGAGGUUAUCUUUUCGUAUGAUAGCCGGCAGCUGGUCUCACUAUCUAUGGAUCAGAUUCGAAUAUGGGAUGCAGUAACAGGUGUGCAUCAACAUGCGCUUCAGGGCCAUAGUGAGUCAAUGUGGACAAUGGUUGUCUCACCUCAUGACAAGCUAGCUACGCGGGGGGUUGGCGAUGAUAUUACGAUCCAGCUCUGGGAUACAGUAACGGGCACUCACCAGCUGGCACUGGAGGGCCAUAGCAAGUUGAUUACGGAAGCCGUCUUCUCACCUGAUGGCCGGCUGCUGGUGUCGGCAUCACAUGAUGAAACAGUUCGCGUCUGGGAUGUAUUAACUGGCACGCACCAACAACUCCUUAAAAGCAAUGGCACUUUUGUGUCAAGUAUUGCUUUCUCGCCCAAGAGCCAACUAGUUGCCUUAGGAUUUCGUAAUAGUACAGUCCAGCUUUGGGACCUAGCGACGAGCACACAUCAGCAGACUUUUGAGGGCUACACUGCCUUCAUUACAGCGAUUGCCUUCUCCCCUGACGGCAAAGUAAUGGCCUCGGCAUUGGAUGAUGGAACAGUCUGUUUCUGUGAUACAACAACGGGCAAAAUUCGGCAAACCCUUAAGACUGGUGAAGUUCGCAGCUUGCGAUACGACCCAGCUUCUAAAAUGCGCUUGUAUACAGAUGUCGGAACCUUGGUCAUGAAUCGAACUUCUAUGGAAGAGAUAGCAGAUAUUCAGGGGUUAACACCAAAUCUGGUCUUUAAUGGUCUUAGUUUCAGUCCAGAUAAGGAAUGGAUAAGGAUCGGCUUCGAGGAUCAUGUAUGGCUUCCUUCAGAUUAUCGGCAAUCGGUAUUUGGAAUCAGCACAUCGAUCAUUAGAGAGACUAGCUAGAAAGACGUCCUCUAUGCAGCCUCGCUCCAAACAUCUGAGAAGAGCACAUAUACACCUUAGUCGUAAAUAGCGAAACUUGAG